AUGUUGUCGAAUCCGCUUCACCGGUUUUCUCCCUAUCACAUGCCGGCCACGACGUCGCUCCUGUCGAACGGCCAUGUCCCAGCCAGUCAUCUUCACCCGGGGCUCGACCCCCUAGCAGCUGGGCCACACUAUGCCCUCCAGCAGAUGCCCCAUAUGGGCCUUCACAACCCCCAUCUCGCCAGGGCCGGUCCUCAGCCGAAGCACCGGCAACAUCCCUAUGGUCCUGCCGCCAGGGCAGCUGGGGCAGCCGGCCCUAUUCGCAGGAGAAUCAGCAGAGCAUGCGAUCAGUGCAACCAACUAAGGACAAAAUGUGAUGGCCAGCAACCAUGUGCCCAUUGCAUUGAGUUUCAACUCACCUGCGAGUACAUGCGCGAGCGCAAGAAGCGUGGAAAGGCGAGCAGGAAGGAUCUGGCAGCUCAAGCUGCUGCCCAAGCUGCUGCUCAGGCGGCAGCUCAGAAUGCCAACAAGCAGGAAAGUCAAGAAAACGGGGAGAACAAGGAGGGCCAAUCAUCCGAGAACCAGAGCAAUGGCAACAGUUCCGCCGCGACGACAUCAGCGACGACAUCAGCAGCCACGACAUCAGCAGCCACGACCACGACCGCCGCCGCCCCUACGAAGCCCACCCUCACAGUAUCUACCGAGACGAGGGGAACGCCAGAUAGGCCGAUGACCGAUGUGCAGAGGACAGGGAGCAUGGAUAGCUUAGGGGACUUGAGCGCACAUCCGGGACCUAUCACCGGCCAUCCCGACCAUCUGAACAGCCCAAUUGAUAUCAACGGGUAUCCGAGAGUGCAUGCGGGCUAUGACAGGCAGCCGAUGGGAUCACACCUCAUGAGCGGGCCAACCCACUCGCCAUAUGGCUCGAACCAGGCCAGCAUGUCAAGCUACCCCGAUCUUCCAUACGCCCUUCAGACACAAAGCCCGACUGGCUACACCCCAAACGCUCAGAACGGCUUCCCCCUCGCCAACAGCCCCAUCAGCGCAUACCCGAUGGGCGGCGAGACGGCAUCCCCGGGCUGGAUGAACAUCCACCAAGGGCUGCGUUACCCGGUCCUGGAGCCUUUGGUUCCUCAUCUGGGCAACAUCAUCCCGCUCUCCCUGGCCUGCGACCUGAUUGACCUCUACUUCGCGAGCUCGUCCGCAGCCCAAAUGCAUCCCAUGUCGCCCUAUGUCCUGGGUUACGUCUUCCGCAAGCGGUCCUUCCUGCACCCGACCAAGCCGCGCCAGUGCCAGCCGGCCCUGCUGGCCUCCAUGCUUUGGGUCGCUGCCCAGACAAGCGACGCCCCCUUCCUUACCAGCGUGCCUUCGGCCCGCGGCAAGAUCUGCCAGAAGCUGCUCGAGCUCACUGUCAGCUUGCUGAAGCCGCUCAUCCACAAUCCCUCCGAGGAGGCUUCGCCCGUGUCGAGCCCCAUCGUCGAUGGCGUUGCUCUUGGUGGGCUUGGCGUCGCCCUGCCCGGAUCCAACAUGGACGCCAUCACUGCCGAGUGUGGCGCCUUCGGUGCCGCUGGCACCCUCGACGAUGUGGUUACCUACAUCCACCUCGCGACCGUCGUCUCGGCGUCCGAGUAUAAGGGGGCCAGCCUGCGGUGGUGGAACGCUGCCUGGUCUCUGGCCCGCGAGCUCAAGCUCGGCAGGGAACUCCCUCCCCAUGCUCCCGCCAGCCGGCAAGGCGGCGCCUCGGACGAGGAAUGCAGCGAGGGCGUCCCGCCGGGUGUCAUCACCGAGGAAGAACGCGAAGAGCGCCGGCGCAUCUGGUGGCUCGUCUACAUCGUUGAUCGCCACCUCGCCCUCUGCUAUAACCGUCCCCUCUUCCUGCUCGACAUCGAGUGCGAGGGCCUGCUCCAGCCGAUGGACGACACGGAUUACCAGAACGGGAACUUCUCGUCGUAUGUUGACCCCGCGCUGCUGGCGACCGAUCCGGAUGCGCACGCCGGCAAGAGGGCACGCAUCAGGGGCCCGAGCUUCGAGUGCACAGGGCACAGUAUUUUUGGAUAUUUCCUGCCGCUGAUGACUAUUCUGGGCGAGAUUGUCGAUCUGCACCAUGCGCGGAACCACCCCCGGUUUGGUAUCGGGUUCCGCUCCCAGCGGGAGUGGGAUGACCAGACGAAUGAGAUUACGAGGCACUUAGAGACCUACGAGCGCAGUCUGAAGCGCUUCGAGCAGGAACAUCUCAGCCCCGCGGCCAAGGCCCAACUGGAGCAGGCUGCGCAGCAGGCUGCUCAACAACAAGCUCAGCAGCAGACGCAAGGUGAGGGAGAGAAGGCCUGCGAGGGGAAUAACAACAAUUCCAACACGGAAACUACCACCACCACCGCCGCCACCACCACCACCAACAACAACAACAACAACAACAACAACAACAACAACAACCCGGGUACCCCGUCUGGCCACUCCGUCCGCAGUACUGGCUCCCCCGCCCCGCGCAUGUCCGAAUCCGAUAUCCAAACUCGUAUCGUCGUCGCCUACGGCACGCACGUCAUGCACGUGCUGCACAUCCUCCUCACCGGCAAAUGGGAUCCCAUCAACCUUUUGGACGACAACGACCUGUGGAUCAGCAGCCAGGGGUUCAUCACCGCGACCGGGCACGCCGUGUCUGCGGCGGAAGCGAUCUCCAACAUCUUGGAGUUCGACCCCGGGCUGGAGUUCAUGCCUUUCUUCUUUGGGAUUUAUCUAUUGCAAGGGAGUUUCUUGUUGCUCCUUAUUGCGGAUAAGUUGCAGUUGGAAGCAUCGCCGAGUGUGGUUAAGGCUUGUGAGACGAUUAUUCGGGCGCAUGAAGCAUGUGUGGUUACCUUGAAUACGGAAUAUCAGCGCAACUUCAGCCGCGUAAUGCGCAGCGCCCUGGCCCAGGUGCGUGGCCGUGUGCCGGAGGACUUGGGCGAGCAGCACCAGCGCCGGAGAGAGCUGCUUUCGCUGUAUAGGUGGACCGGGGACGGUACUGGAUUGGCGCUGUAA